UUCGAUGCAAGAGAUUUGCAUGUGUGCGAUGACCAUUGCACUCAAAUAUCAAUCGUCAAUAAACAAUGAUCUACAGCAUUUAAGAUGCUGUUUCUCUUGAACCAUCCCUUCAUAGUAAAACUGUCGCGUAACACAAACGUGUCAAACGUUAAUUAUAACUAGCUGUUACCUCUUACAUUUAUUCAUGCCAACGUUAAUACCUUUCUCACUUGUUCCAUAAGUACAGACUCUCAAAAACCCUUAAACCAUUUCCUCACAAACUCCCUAGUUCGUGCUGCUAAUUGUUCCCUCACGUUUCCAAGCAAAGGAAGAACCAGGUGAAGAGGGAAGCCGGAAAUGGGUUUGAUAACGUCGGAAACGGAGAUCACCACGGCGAUUCCGGCGGCGAGGCUGUUCAAAGCAUUCGUCACCGACGGCGACACCCUCAUCCCCAAAAUCGCGCCGCAGGCGUUCAAGAGCUUCGGGAUCCUCGAAGGCGACGGCGGCCCUGGCACCAUCAAGCAAAUCCAAAUGGGCCAAGCGGGACAGUUUAAGAUCUUGAAGGAGAAGGUGGAAGCGAUCGACAAAGACAAUCUAGUGUACGAGUACAGCGUGAUCGAGGGCGAGGAUGUUCUGCUAGACUUGUUCGACAAGGUAACCUACAAGGUCAAAUUCGUGCCGGACGAUGAUUCGUCGUCGUCGGGUGGAGGGUCCAUUGCGAAAACUAGCCGGACAUAUUACACGAAAGGCGGCGACAAAGUGAUUAAGGAGGAGUUUAUCAAGGAAGGCAAUGAUAGGGCUCUUGUUAUGUUCAAGGCGGUCGAAGCCUAUCUUAUGGAACAUCCCGACGCUUAAUAAAUCUAAUAAGAAGGAUUUAUAGUGAAUGUAUCUUUACGAACAAUGAUCUAGUCUGGUGAUAAUAUCACUAACUUUCAAUAUGGAUUAUCCAGGUUUAAUUAAUUACCUUCUUAAGUAGUACCUAAACUACAAAACCAUAUUAUGAAAAAAAUCCUUAUAAGAAAUAAGCUGCUGGCCUGCACAAUGAAUAAGGCCAUACGGCAAAGUUACAAAACCCCGAUCUCAUAGCCAUCUUUGAGCUGGAAGAAGAGCAUCUAAAUUCUACUCCCAAAUCCAAGAAAGAAAUUGUUCAGCCUUCAAUAUCUUUUCCAUGCAUGAGCACUUUACUUUUAUGCAUGGUACAUGAAACCAUACCGUACCGCCGGUUCAACCACAAAAUACUAGUAUCGGAGGUUAAACCGAUAGGUGAUAUUUAUCGGUACUAACGGUUGAAUACGGUUAAACCACGGUUUUGCCAUAAAAUACCCUACCACUGACUUUUCCGGUACGGUUUCAUGGACCAUGCUUUUACGGCCAUUAUUUGUUAAGAGGUAUAAAUGCCGACUUAGUAG